AUGAGGUUCUCCCACAGCAUCCAGUUCAACGCCGUUCCGGACUGGAGCAGCCAUUACAUCGCCUAUAGCAACAUCAAGAAGCUAAUCUACCAGCUCGAGAAGACCGUCCACCAAGCUGGCGUCGGCGACGCAGAAUCGCGACCUCUUAUCCAGAACGAGGAACCCGAAGCCAUCUUGGCACGCGCACUCGAUGUAGAGCUUGAAAAGAUCUCGUCCUUCUUCAAUGUCAAAGAGAAGGAACUAUGUGAUGAAGUCGACGAGCUCUUGGCGGAUAUCGGGACACUGGACGAAGAGGGCGCUGGACAACCACCCAGCGAUGGGGGACGCCUCACAAGGCAGCGAACAGGCAGCACGCGCAGUGCGCAUUCCGACGAGGAUGCGUCCGAGGACAGUGAAGACGAAGGGGGGGAGACCACCGGUCUUACAGCGCAGAAGAAACGUGUGAGCCUCGUUGGUAGACGAAGGGCGAAUCCCGUUGCGCCGACUGAAAUGACGGCUUCAAGCGAGCUCACAAGGUCAAAUCGGCGGCACAGCAUAGCAUUUGACGACUAUGCAGAGCAAGUUGAGUUAUUCUCGUCCGGCAUCAUGCUCAAGAAGAGAAUCAUCAAUCUCUACGUCUCGCUGUGCGAGCUCAAGUCUUACGUCCAGCUCAACAAGACGGGCUUCAGGAAAGUUCUCAAGAAGUUUGACAAAAUCCUCGACAGGCAGUUAAGGCCCAAGUAUAUGAGCACCGUUGUCGAGCCGGCAUAUCCUUUCCGGCCAGAGACCAUGAAGGAGCUGGAGGCCAACAUUGCCGAGAUGGAAAAGGCGUAUACUCAGGUCGUCACAGACGGUGACGAGGAGGCCGCCAGGAGAGACUUGCGCUCUCACCUGAGGGAGCAUGUCGUCUGGGAGCGUAACACCGUCUGGAGAGACAUGAUCGGCAUGGAACGACGUGCCGAGGCCGCGAAUCUCGGCCGGACUCUUCUGGGUCGGGAUGCUGAUCCGACCAUUCUCCAGGGGGACGACGAGCGCCUCCCUCGGUCAAAGGAGAUAUGGACGCCAGUGGGCAGAUUUACUUGCCCGACAUGGCUCCUCGGCUCGACUAUGCUGACUCUCAUUGCGAUUGUCGGCAUUUUCCUGGCACUGUUAUUUAUUCCCAUCAUGAGGAAGCCGGAGCAACAGAACUGUCUGGCCUUGCUGAUCUUCGUCAGUCUGCUCUGGGCCACCGAGGCCAUUCCGUUGUUUGUUACUUCAAUGUGUAUCCCCUUCCUCUGUGUCGUACUCAGAGUUGUGCGUCAAGACGAGGCACCCUACAAGAGACUGGAAUCCAAGGAAGCGACAGCGUAUAUCUUCUCUGCCAUGUGGACUCCGGUCAUCAUGCUUCUCUUGGGUGGCUUCACUCUCGCCGCCGCCUUGUCCAAGUGCAUGAUCGAUAAGAGGAUAGCGACAUUUGUGCUGAGCAAGGCGGGAACCCGGCCGAGAACGGUCCUCAUAGCGAACAUGCUGGUCGCUGCGUUCGCAAGUAUGCUGAUCAGUAACGUUGCGGCCCCCGUCUUGUGCUUCGGCAUCAUCGAGCCGAUGCUCCGCAAUUUACCGGCCGGUUCGAACAUGUCCAAGGCCGUGAUCAUGGGGAUUGCGCUCGCCUCGAACAUCGGCGGCAUGCUGUCGCCCAUUGCCUCGCCGCAGAACGUCGUCGCGAUCGGCAUCAUGGAACCCCCGCCCACAUGGGGCCAGUGGUUCUUCAUUGUGAUCCCCGUCGGCAUCAUAUCGCUCGUGCUCAUAUGGCUACUACUCCUGGUGUCGUUCAAGCCGGGCAAGGGCACCACGAUCGUCGCCAUCCGGCCCGUUAGAGACCCGUUCUCGGGCAUCCAGUGGUACGUCACGGUCGUUACGUUGGCCACCAUCGGCCUGUGGUGCGCGAGCAACCAGCUCGAGAAGGUGUUCGGCGACAUGGGCGUGAUCGCCAUCAUCCCGAUAGCCCUCUUCUUCGGCGUAGGCAUACUGACCAAGGAGGACUUUAACAACUUCCCCUGGACCAUCAUCAUCCUCGCCGCGGGCGGUCUGUCGCUCGGCAAGGCCGUCAAGUCGUCGGGCCUCCUGCACACCGUCGCCGAGGGCAUCUCGCGCGAGGUGCAGGGCAUGAGCCUGUACGGCGUCCUCGUCGUCUUCUCCUGCCUCAUCCUCGUCAUCGCCACCUUCAUCAGCCACACCGUCGCCGCCCUCAUCCUCCUGCCGCUCGUCGCAGACGUCGGCAUGAAGAUGGACGAGCCCCACCCGAACCUGCUCGUCAUGGCCGGCGUCCUCAUGUGCAGCGCCGCCAUGGGGCUGCCCACGAGCGGAUUCCCGAAUAUGACUGCCAUUAUGAAGGAAGACCCAGCGGGCCAGCGGUAUCUGCGCGUGGAGCACUUCAUCAGCAGAGGUGUGCCCAGCAGCGUGCUCUCGCUGAUCGUCGUGAUCACUGUUGGCUAUGGAGCAAUGAGGAUCUCUGGCAUGUAA